AUGUUAGCACAACCUCUUAAUAUCCUGGGAUGGAAUGUUCGGGGACUUAACGACCUGGAUAGACGCGACACAGUGCAUGAAACGAUAGCCUCCUCCUCUUGCCAGCUUGUUUGCCUUCAGGAAACCAAGUUGGCGGCUGUUACUUCUUUAGAGGCGGCUUACAUUGGUGGUUACAGACUCAAAAAUUUUGCGGAGCGUCCCGCAAAUGGCACUAGGGGUGGUAUCCUGCUUCUUUGGGACGACUCUUCGGUCCAGGUCACCAAUGUGCACCUCACGGAGUUCUCUCUUUCGGCGGACGUUCACCUCUUGCAUUCAAGUGAAGAAGGCGAUUUCAAGAUCACGGCGGUGUAUGGUCCCACGGCCGCCAAUCGCAAGGAUGAUUUCUUUGCGGAGCGUUUCACCUGGACCAACGGGCGGGCAAGUCCCACUUUGUGCAAGCUGGACGCCUUCUUCUGUAAUGCGGACUGGGAUCUUCGUUUCGACACACACGUCCUCCACGCCCUUUCAUCCUCGCUUUCCGACCACUGCCCUCUCCUUUUGGCGGAUGAUUGUGGGCCACGACGGCCUCGUAGCUUCAAGUUCGAGAACUUCUGGACCCGCAUUCCGGGUUUCAGCGAUGUUGUCAAGGGUGCUUGGGAUGAGCCUACUAACCACGAUGAACCUUGCCAUGUUCUUGUUCACAAGCUUCGUUGCACCGCCAACAAGCUUCGGCGUUGGGGUAGAGGCCUCUUCUCCAACACCAAGGUUAUGUUGCAUGCCGCCCUGCUUGUUAUCCUGCACUUCGAUAUGGCUCAGGAAAUCAGGGAUCUGUCCUUGGGAGAGAGGGACCUCCAUGCGCGCCUGAAGAAGAAAGUCAUUGCUCUGGCGGUUGUGGAAAGGGCGAGAAGGAAGCAGUGCGCCCGGAUCACAAACAUUAAGGAGGGCGACGCAAAUACAAAAUUCUUCCACCUUCGAGUCAAUGCUAGAAGAAGGAAAAACCACAUUUACCGGUUAAAGCGCAACCUUGGUUGGGUCACCGACCAUGCGGAAAAGGAGGAACUUGCCCAUGCCCACUUUAGUGAUGUCAUUGGCCGUGGAGAACCUAGAAGGCAAGAUUUCAUGUGGGACGAGCUUCAGUUCAUCAACCCGGACUUGGGGGCUCUUGGUGACCCAAUCACGGAGGAGGAGGUCCUCAAAGCCAUCAACCUCAUGCCGACCGACAAGGCGCCCGGCCCGGAUGGGUUCACGGGCGCUUUCUUCAAGAAAUGUUGGGCCAUUAUCAAAUACGAUGUGAUGCGGGUGAUCCACCAAUUUGGGAACUUCCAUGCCGCCAAUUUCCAUUGGCUAAAUACCGCCAACAUUGCCCUUCUUCCUAAAAAGGACGGGGCAGAGGACAUUUCAGACUUUAGGCCUAUUAGCCUCAUUCAUGGGAUCGCCAAGAUUAUUGCGAAAGUGCUUGCCCUUCGCUUGGGACCACUCAUGGACGACCUCGUCUCCAAUGCCCAAAGUGCCUUCAUCAAAAAGCGAAGCAUACACGACAACUUCCUCUAUGUCAAAAAUCUCGCCAAACGCUUACACAAGUCCAAGACGCCCGCGCUCCUCUUCAAGCUUGACAUUAGGAAAGCCUUUGACUCCAUCCGUUGGGAGUACAUCGUCGACCUUCUCCAACGGCGCGGGUUCCCUAGCCAUUUCCGCAAUUGGAUCACCGCUCUCUUAACCACCGCCUCCUCUCGGGUGCUCCUCAAUGGCGUCGCGGGCUCGCCCAUAAAGCAUGGCAGAGGUCUUAGGCAGGGGGACCCCCUCUCGCCGCUCCUCUUUGUGCUCGCCAUUGAUCCUCAUGCCCAAAUCCUAGAUGCCGCCACUAACCAUGGGCUCCUUCACAAAAUUAGGGGACGCAUAAGCAUUCUCCGCACCUCGCUUUAUGCGGAUGAUGCCGCUAUCUUUGUUGCCCCCAUCAAGGAGGACAUUCAAAAUUUGGCGUCCAUCCUUCAUAGCUUUGGUGAAGUCACCGGCCUUUGCACAAACUUUCUUAAGAGUUCCGUGGUUCCCAUUCGUUGCGGGGACAUUAAUCUUGAUGACAUCCUUGAGGGCAUUCCGGCGGCUCGGACCACCUUCCCCAUGAGAUACCUUGGUCUACCUCUAUCGGUUUGGCAACUCAAGCGCGUGGAUUUCCAACACCUUGAAGACAAAUGCGCCGGCAAAAUCCCCACUUGGAGCGGAAAAUUCAUCACCAUGGCCGGGCGCACGGCUCUUGUGAAGUGGCCUUGGCACGAGUGGAAGGACCCUUCAAAGAUUUGGGUGGGGUAUGGCAACCCGUGCACCGACUACGACAUGGACAUUUUUUAUGCCUCGACCACCAUCACCGUUGGUAAUGGGAAGAAGACCCCUUUUUGGGAGGCCCCUUGGUUAGGGGGUAGAAAGCCCAAGGACAUUGCACCGCUCAUCUUCGAUACCUCUAGGCGCAAAAAGUGGAACGUCAACCAAGCCUUAAAUGCAAAUGCUUGGGUUAGCAACAUUAAAUUGGGUGACGACUUCUCCAUGGACCACUUCGCGCAAUUCAUCGAUCUUUGGGUCCUUUGCCAAGAUAUGCACCUUGUUGCGGUGGUGGAUGAUGACAUUACUUGGAACCUCACGGCAAGUGGCAUUUACUCCGCCAAGUCGGCCUAUGAGGUGCAAUUUUUGGGGUCCGUCACCUCCUUCCUUCACAAAUCGGUUUGGAAGGCUUGGGCCCCUCCCAAAGCUAAAUUCUUCGCUUGGCUUCUCACCCAAAACCGCAUAUGGACCGCCGACCGUCUACAAAAACGAGGGUGGCCAAAUUGCGGCUUAUGCCCCCUUUGCAAGCAAACCAUGGAGACGGCCAACCACCUCUUCAUUCAUUGUAGAUUCUCCACCCGGCUUUGGGAAAAGGUGGCCGAAUGGUUGCAUAACUCCGUCAUUCAACCGGGGGAUUGGGUGGGUCUCUCCAUUGAGCUUUGGUGGCGCAACAUGACGAACUCUCAAAUGCCCAACCGCAAAGCCUUGUCCUCGCUUGCUCUCCUUGUCACUUGGGAGCUAUGGAAUGAGCGCAACGCUAGGGUCUUCAACAACAAGCACGCCACCGUCGCCGUUAUCUUAGAAAAAAUUAAGAAUGAAGCCCGCUUGUGGGUUACCGCCGGUGCUAAGAACCUGGGCAAAAUCAUGCCGGGAGAGUAG